AUGGCCAUCGCUGCCCGUGUCCGCGUCGGCGGGCCGAGGGGGUGGAGGAAGCCAAUUCCCAACGAGGAGACGUACAACCACUGGGCCGCCAGGAACCGCUUCCACGUCGGGGAUUUCCUCCAUUUCAAGUACGAGAGGAACGACUCGGUGCUGGUGGUGUCUCGUGACGACUACAAGCUCUGCGGCGCCGCGAAGCCCACGCAGCGGUUCGACGGCGGCGACACCAGGUUCCGCCUCGACCACAGCGGUUUCAUCUAUUUCAUCAGCGGCGCGCCGGGCCACUGCGGCGCCGGCCAGAGGAUGACCGCGCGUGUCAUGGCGCAGCACGAGGGCAGGACCGCCCCGGCGGAGGCGCCCGCAAUGUCGCCCGGUGGUGAGGACGGCGAGGGCGGGUCGUACGGCGGCCCAAGUUCCGGCGCACGCUCCAGUGGCGGGUUGAAGCCGGGGUCAGGGGCCGGUUCGGUGUCCGGAUCGACGACGACGCCGCGCUACGCCGGCGCCGACCGGAAGGCCAGUGGCGCCGCGCCCAUGCCUGCGUCAUCGUCGUUUGGUGGUUACCACGUCGUCGUUGGAUUUGUUCUUGGUGCCGUGCUGCUGGUCAUGACCGCUUGA